AUGCCUUCAGCGGCAUUACACCUCGGCACGGCGCUGGAGGGCAGCUUCCAAGGCGCCGGCGACAUGGUGCCGUCGGCGCGCCUCCUCACCCCCAACGGCGGCGCGGCAGCCGGGCCCGCGCCGAGUCGUCGGGAGGAGACGGCCAACGGCGGGGGCCCUGACCUUGCCACGCUCCGGCCCACCAACAGGCCGCGCGGGAAAGCCCAGGCCGGGAAGCCCAGGAAGCGGGCGCCGAUGUGGAACUUGCAGGCCGCCGUCUUCGUGUCCGUCGUCCUCAACGUCGGCCUCCUCCUCCAGCACUACGUCAAUAGCACGGCUCCGUCGCACCACCACCACCAGGAGCAUCUGCAGGCCUGCCCGAUGCAUCUGGAUGCUGGCGUCGGCCGCAACAGAAGGGGGAGGCAGGAGGAGCCGCAGCUGUCCAUGCCCAAGGCCGGGGCGCCGUCGACGGGCAAGCCGGCGGUGACGCCGGACUCGGUGAUCAACCUCGACCACGGCGACCCUACCAUGUUCGAGGAGUUCUGGCGGGGGACGGGGUCCGCCGCCGAGAUCGUCAUCCCGGGGUGGCAGACCAUGAGCUACUUCUCUGACGUCGGCAACGUGUGCUGGUUCCUGGAGCCGGGCCUGGACCACGAGGUGCGGCGGCUGCACCGGCUGGUCGGCAACGCCGCCGUCGACGGGUACCACGUCCUCGUCGGCACCGGCUCCACGCAGCUCUUCAUGGCCGCGCUGUACGCGCUGUCGCCGCGCGCGGGCUCCGCCGCCGGCGCCGCGCCCAUGAGCGUGGUGUCCACGGCGCCCUACUACUCGUCCUACCCUGCCGUCACUGAUUUUCUUCAGUCGGGGCUCUUCCGCUGGGCCGGUGACGCCAACACGUUCAAGGGCGACACCUACAUCGAGCUGGUGUGCUCGCCGAACAACCCCGACGGCGCCAUCCGCGAGGCCGUCCUUUCCUCCGAGUCCGGCAUAGCAGUCCAUGACUUGGCGUACUACUGGCCGCAGUACACGGCCAUCACCAAACGCGCUGACCACGACAUCAUGCUCUUCACCGUGUCCAAGAGCACAGGGCACGCCGGGACGAGGAUCGGGUGGGCGUUGGUGAAGGACCGCGACGUUGCGAAGAGGAUGACCAAGUUUAUUGAGCUCAACACGAUCGGGGUCUCCAAGGACUCGCAGCUGCGCGCCGCCAAGGUCCUCAGGGCGGUCUCCGACGCCUACGAGCUCCCGGAGAUGAAAGAGGCCCACCGCCUGUUCGACUACGGCCGGCGAAAGAUGGUGGAGCGCUGGAGCAUGCUGCGUGAAGCGGCCGCCGCCUCGGGCAUCUUCAGCCUGCCCGAAGAGACCUCGGGCUUUUGCAACUUCACCAAAGAAAUGGCAGUGACUAACCCUGCGUUCGCGUGGCUGCGCUGCGACAGGGAAGACGUGGAGGACUGCGCGAGCUUCCUGCGCGGCCACAAGAUACUGACGCGGAGCGGGAGCCAGUUCGGAGCGGACCCGAGGUACGUCCGUGUCAGCAUGCUCGACAGGGACGACGCCUACGACAUCUUUGUGAAGCGCCUCUCCUCUCUGCAAUGA